GAGAAAAAAUACAUUACGGACAAAGACAACAUGGAUGCGUUGGAGAAGUAUCCAUUCAAACAGAUAACGGAAUGGAUGUGCCGUUCCUCCUGCACUUAACGGGGAACCAAUGAUCUUAUUUUAAUGCGGUGGUGGGAGGCGAGGUACUGCAAGCUAAAAAGGCGGAAAGCUGUAUUUAAUCCGUCUGCGGAUCCCAUGAGCUUGCAAUGGCUGUUACGAGGAUAUGUAACUGUAUAGGAAACAAUGUGGCUCUUUCUUUUGUUGUAUUUUUCUUAUUUUGUGGCCUUUCACUUGGACAACUACGGUACUCCAUUCCUGAGGAAUUAGAAAAUGGAGCGGCGGUGGGGGAUCUUGUGCAGGAUUUGGGGUUGGAUAUCCGAAAGCUCUCAAAUCGAAAGAUAAAGGUAACCUCCACCACUGGAAAACGGUAUGUGGAUGUCAAUCCUAAAAAUGGAAAAUUAAUUGUCACUGAAAGAAUCGACAGAGAGACGUUGUGUGAUUUAAGCAGCACCUGUCUUAUAAAUUUAGAGGUGCUUGUUGAAAACCCAUCCGAGGUGCACAAUGUUGAGGUGGAGAUUGUGGAUGCUAAUGACAAUGCGCCGACGUUCCCUAGAGAUGAGUAUCAAUUGGAAAUGGCAGAAUCGGCUUUACCAGGGUCUCGUUUCCCCAUUGAGAAUGCCCUGGAUCCGGACGUGGGAUCCAACUCCGUUCGUCUAUAUCGUCUCAGCCCAAACGAACACUUCGCGCUGGAUUCCAACAAACCCUCCAUCAACAGCAAGCACAUUGAGCUCGUGCUCAAAAAGCCCCUUGACCGCGAGCUGGUGCCUUACCACCAAUUAAUUCUGACUGCUGCUGAUGGCGGAACACAAGCAAAAACCGGUUCAGCUAAAAUUAAUGUGCGAGUCCUGGACACCAAUGACAAUGUCCCUGUAUUUGACAGCUCAGUGUACAAAGUAAAAUUGUUAGAAAACUCACCAAAAGACACACUGGUCAUCAAAUUGAAUGCCACAGACCUUGACGAGGGUACCAAUGGUGAGGUGUAUUAUUCUUUCAGCAGCUACACAUCUGAGAGAGUCAGACAGAUGUUCAGCAUGGACAGCAACACGGGAGAGAUCAGAGUGAGGAGCAAUGUGGACUAUGAAGAGACCAACUCUUAUGAGAUGUAUAUCCAGGCCAUGGAUAAAGGCCCUGGUGCUGUGGCAGCCCACUGUAAGGUGGUGGUGGAGGUGGUGGAUGUGAAUGACAACGUCCCAGAGAUAGUCCUGUCUUCUCUCUCCAGCCCAGUGAGGGAGGAUGCCCGGGCUGACACCGUGGUGGCCCUGAUCAGUGUCACAGACCGGGACUCUGGUGCUAACAAACAGGUUAGCCUAGAAAUACCCCUUGGCCUCCCCUUCAAGAUCAAGUCCUUUAGAAACUACUACACCCUGGUCACCUCCGCCUUCCUGGACCGUGAAACCACCGCUGCCUACAAUGUCACCCUCAGCGCCACUGACGCCGGCACCCCACCCCUCUCCUCCCAAAAGACCAUACAGGUGGAUGUGGCUGAUGUGAAUGACAACCCGCCACGCUUCGAGCAGACCUCCUACACGGUCUAUGUGACGGAGAACAACGCCCCCGGGGCCUCGCUGUGCACUGUGAAGGCCCAGGACUCAGAUGUCAACGAGAACGGACGCAUCACCUACACUGUCCUCAAUGACAACAACCAUGGGAUCCCUGUCACCUCUUACGUCUCUGUGAAGGCCGAAACAGGAGAGGCCUACGCCCUGCGCGCCUUUGACUAUGAGUCACUCAGGGAGUUCCACUUCCAGGUCAAAGCUCAGGACGGGGGCAUUCCACCCCUCAGCCGGGUGGCCACUGUCUACAUCUAUAUCAUGGACCAGAACGACCACGUGCCUGAGAUCGUCAAUCCCCCAGGCAACGGUACGCGCUCCACAGAGACAGUCCUGAAGAACGCUGAGGCUGGCGCCCUGGUGACCAAAGUCGUGGCGUACGACGCAGAUGCAGGUCCCAAUGCCUGGCUGAUCUAUGUGUUGGAUCAGUGCACAGACUUGGAACUGUUCAAGGUGCAUGAACACACGGGGGAGAUCCGCACCACACGCAGGGUCUUGGAGGACAACUCCACCUCCUUCAGCAUGACGGUGCUGGUGAGGGACCACGGCCAGCCGCCUCUCUCCUCCACUGCCACUGUCAAUGUGGCUGUCAUGGAGGUGCCACCCAAGGUGACCCCUGACCCUAAGAGGGUCAUCCGGCCCCACAGCACCCUGCUCUUUUCUAAUUUCACCCUCUAUCUGAUCGUCGCUCUGAGCGCCACCACCUUUGUGUUCCUGGUAACUGUGGUGGUGCUGGCCAUCGUGCGCUGCCAUGCCUACUGCACCCAGCCUGGGUCCUGCUCCCCCUGCUGCGUAUCCCAAAAGACCCUCCCUGACGGCGGGAGCAGCAGUAUAGUAGGUGGUGGUGGGGGACAACCAAAUAACAAUGUGGCGCUGCGGAGAGACCUCAAGGUGGAGCCUCACUACAUUGAGGUGCGUGGGAAUGGCUCUAUGACCAAGACCUACUGCUACAAGACCUGUCUGACGGCCACCUCAGGCAGCGACACCUUCAUGUUCUACAACACAGGCCGGCCCAUUAGCGGCACCUGGGGUUCUGAGCGCUUCUUCACAGGAGGUAGUGGGUUUGUACGGAGACUAAGCAUGCCCGACGCUUCACUGCAAGUCUGCCCAGAGCCGAAGGCCCCAAAUGCUGACUGGCAAUACUCCACUUCUCUGAGGACAGGGAUGCAGAGCUCGGUCCAUAUGGAGGAGUCGUCAGUGAUGCAGGGAGCCCAGGGGAUGCUGGUCCAGAACUGGCCCACAGUGUCCAGUGCUGCAGAUGGUGAAGGGGGUGAGCUGUCCCCUCCGGUUGGAGCUGGCAUCGACAGUAACAGCUGGCAAUUCCGUUACGGGCCUGGCCCUGGCUACGGCCCCCCUCAGGUCCUGAAGCCUGGAGACAUUCCCCCUGAAGCCUUCAUCAUCCCCGGCUCCCCCGCUAUCAUCUCAAUCCGCCAGGGCCCGGGAGGAGAGGAUGACAAGAGUGAUUUCAUUUCCUUUGGCAAGAAGGAGGAAGCCAAGAAGAAGAAAAAGAAGAAGAAGGAGAAGAAAGACAAGAAAGACAAGGGCAAGGAGGAUGUGGACGAGUAGAGGAGAAAGGGGAGAUAUGAAAACAGAGCUACCAACUAAAGUCCAAAUAACAGCUGCAAGACAAAAAGCCAAAUGUAUAUUUUCGAAUCAGGAGAGUCUCCAUGUGUUGUGUUUGCGUAGUUAAGUCUGCCAAGCCAGGUCCCCAUUAGCAGAGGCCUAUCUCUGUAAAACAUGUAAGCAGCCAAUAGUAUCCUCUGCAAGAUUGGCCCUCUGAAGCUUCCAUACCUCUGGCUAUAAAACACUAUUUUUAAAUAUAUUUAAUAGGCUCUCAUUUACCAGACAUUUGCUGAAAAUUCCACAAAAAUCUCUUUGAUUAGAAUAACCUAAAGAUGAUAAUCCAAUCAACUACCGAUACCCAGACGUUUCAUGUAUAACAUGCCGUACAGUAUGUGAGAGAAACCUCACAUACCCUAUUAAUGGUGGUGCUAUAGUCCUGCCAGCCCGCCUGCCCAACCUUGCUUGCAAUGGGACCCCUCUCCCUGGCCCUUCUGGCCCCUUGUUGGCAUCUCUGUCUUUACUCUGCCCCUUGCCUCCUCUGCUCCCCUGAUUGGAGGGGGAGAGGAGGAGCUCAACCUGACAAAGAGUGACACAGAGGCUCUCAUCUACAGUAAGAUGGAAGCCUUGUGCAGAAAAAUGAGUCAUUUUUUUUUCUACAAAAUAUACAAAAGAAAAAGUGGUGCAAACAAGACCCCUGACGUGUAUAUGUACAGUACAGUGAGCUGUGUGAGAUUGGAAUGUGUUGAGAUUAGUGCUGGACGGGAUUGAAGGCUGGAUUAGGCUGACCGUGUUCUGGAUUAGGCUGCCCGUGGGUUGUUUCAUGCCUGGUACUGUUGGCACUGUUGGCAGCAUAGGGCAGGGGCUAAAGACCUUGCCUCGCCUUCUCAUCUACCACACAAAAUAGGCCAGUGGGACCUUGGACCCACAGUCUGUGCAGCACACAACCACUGUAACACACACACACACGCGAACACAUUAGACAG